AUGCGCAAAAAACAACUGAGUGACAGUAGUAGCGACUCUAGCCGGAACUCUGACUUACAAGACGAAAAUGAUGAUACACAUGUAUCCGACUCUGACGCUGAAGUAGAAGACAAACACCAAUCUGACGCUGAAGUUCAAGAUGAACAAGAAUACGACACUUAUGAACAAGACGCAAAAGAAUCUGAUGUGUAUGAAGAAGACGACAAUUACGAAGAUGAAGAACCCGAAAUCUCAGACGAUGAUCAUGAGUCUCCACAUAAGAAAAGGAUUGUAUCCAAUUCUUCAACUUCGUCUAAGCCUCAGAAAAACAAAAUCAAUUCGUCAAAUUCUUCCACCUUGACAAAGCCAAAGAAACCAGGGAAGAAGACUUUCGGCCUACCUCUUGACCGCACUUCAUUCAAAACCUUCAUAGACGAGAACAAUACUCUCGACAAUCAAGGUUAUCCCCUAUUUCCCAAUGGAAAUACUGUGUUUGUGAAGCAACCAGGCCAAGCGAAAAUUGUCAAUUGGGGCACUUUCGGAUUUGCUUAUACUUCUUCUGGAGGUAAAAGCAAAGGCCCGGCGGACUGGAGAACAGUAAGGUACACUUGUUUAGGUGUCAUAGUCUGCGAAAGCCUACAUUGUGAAUAUCUUGGCUCGCCUGCGACAGCAAGUGCCAAAAGAUCCGAAUGGAUGAGCACAACACAGAAAUGUCCAGCUGCAAGAUGCUCUGGCAAUCUUCGUUACUUGAAAUGUACCAACACUUUGUGUCGAUUGGACGAACAUGAAAGUGGUUGGGGAAUUAUACGACACUCCGGAUUCCAUCAGCAUCAAUGGCCUCGACGUGGCAAGCCUGAUAAAUUGUCUUUGGAGAAAUUUGGCAAACGUGUGGUCGAAAAUCCGGGAGUAGGUCCUUUACAAAACAAGGUUGGUAGAGCUCCUGCAGGAAAGCAGGAGAUUGUCACUGAUACGAAUAUCCAUGGGGCUUUUGGAAAUCUACAUCGAACAGGUUAUUAUCGACGCAAGCUCCUUGAAGCCGCUGGUGUAAUCCCCGUAAAAAAACUUCCAGGCGCGGCUGAUAACUUCAUCUUGGAUAUGGACCAUUGGGCCGAGCGCGGUUUGACUGUGGUAUCUGUGUCCAUGAAGCGGCACAAUAUGCACCUUACAUUUCAAACCGAAUGGAUGCAACAGCAGCUUUUGGCUCGAGACGAAAAUCAACGGGUUCAUGGAGGCGGCCUACUCUCUGACGUCACUUACAAGUUUUUCAAGAAUGGGUACCUUCUAUCAACUUCAAUGUACCACGAGGAUCUGCGACGCUGGAUUCCUAUACAACUCACAUGGCUCAAAGGACUUAGUGAAGAACACUACGCCUCACACUUCCGUACGCUUAUGAAGCAAAUGAAGCGCGCCGAUGUGACUGCAACCGAAUGCGAUACACUGGUCCGUCAAGUAGUAGAUUUUUCUGUGGCGCAGAAAAAUGGAUUUAUUAAGGCGUACAUGAAGGUCUUCAAAGAGAAUGAUCGUGCCGUUGCUCUUUCUAAACUUCAAGGGUGUCAUGAACACUUUCGAGCACAGGUGACACGUGUUAAGCGCAACCGGGCUAUCAUACACCCAAAUGAUGAGGAAUCUUUUGAAUUACAAGCAUCUUCUCUUUUGAAAGCAGACCGGCCAGGCGGACUCACUUUUGAUCAGAAACUGGCGAAAAUGAUCAAGGAAUUUCCAAAGGCCAAACGAUGGCUUGAGUGGUGGAAAGCUUCGGACGUCAAGUCGUUGCUUUUCAAAUCCAGACUCAAACAGAUUGACGAUGAUGGUCUUUGUGACAAUAUCAUGCCUACAACCACUAAUGCACAGGAGUCUUUGCAUAGAGUUUAUUACAUGAUAUCUUAUAUGCGUUGGUGGCCUGUCUCGAAAGAGACCACGAGGACCGGCGUCGCGGCGUUCCAAUAG